AUGGCGCAAACACUGGCAAUGCCUCUGGCACCCUCGCUCUCUGUAAUCUGCAAUGGAAGAAACCCUAAUCCCCUCUCCAACAGUCUCUCCUUCCCACUCAGAAACCCCAAUAAGGUUGGUGGCCUCAGCAUCAAAUGCGUGCGUGUUGGCGGAGUCGAAAUUCCAAACAACAAAAGGGUCGAGUUCUCUCUUCAGUACGUUCAUGGAAUUGGGCGUACCAGAGCGCGCACAAUCCUAAUCGACCUCAACAUGGAGAACAAAAUCACCAAAGACUUGUCCGAAGAAGAACUCACCAUUAUCAGAGACGAAGUCUCCAAGUACAUGAUUGAAGGAGACUUGAGGAGGUUCAAUGCGUUGAAUAUCAGGAGACUGAAGGAGAUUCAGUGCUACAGAGGCAUCCGCCAUAUCCAGGGCUUGCCUUGCAGAGGACAGCGCACCAAGAACAACACUAGGACUUUGAAGGGUAAGAGGGUCACUGUUGCUGGAAAGAAAAAGGCCCGUUAA